AUGGAGGAGACGGAUGUGAAGAUCAUGCUUAGAGCGGUGGAGCUGGGUGAGCAGGGAAGACGAAUCACAGCUCCGAAUCCGUGGGUGGGAGCGAUCGUGGUUGAUGCUGAUGGCAACGUGGUCGGCGAGGGCUUCCACAAGGGCCCUGGCUGCCCGCAUGCGGAGGUGGAAGCCUUUCGGGAUGCAGAGGCCAAUGGUGUCACGGACUUCUCUGAGACAACCAUUUACAGUACGCUGGAACCCUGUCAUCGCGGACCGGGCAAGCGAACCGGGCCCUGCGACGAGCUGGUGGUCUCGAAGGGCGUGAAGAGAUGUGUCAUAGGCCACGUUGACCCCGACGAGAAGUUUGGUGGUGCUGGUGUGAAGUUCAUUCGCGAUGCUGGGAUCCAGGUAGAUGUCGGCAUUGCGGAGGAGCCAGUUCGCCGUUCCUUCCGGAGUUACUUACACCACCGUCGGACAGCAAGGCCGUAUGUUGUCCUGAAGAUUGCGACCAGCUUGGAUGGCCGAGUGGCAUGUGCAGACAAGACCUCCCAGUGGAUCACCCAGGCACCAGCAAGACAGGACGCACACCGGCUUCGUGCCGAGUCGCAAGCAGUGCUUGUUGGCAGCGGCACGGCUCUUGCUGACAGGCCGAGUCUCACCGUUCGGUUAGACGGAGAGCCGGCCCCUGUGAAGCCACCUCUGCGUGUGGUCCUGGACUCGAAAGGCCAAGUGACCGAUGGUCCGCUGAUGGAGACCUCCGCUGCUCCCACGCUCAUCUUCACGAGCCGUGAACGCUGCAGCGAGAUGGCGAAGCAGAGGGCAAGUUUGCUGGUGGGUCUUUACAAUCGCAGACAGCAGCGUUGA